AAUAUUGAAACACCCCCUUGGGCUGCAAUGGGUUGAUGGUUCUCAACAUACGACAGACAACGCGGUUGUUGCUUGUUUACAUUUCUUUAUAGUUGGUAUUUGAUUUGGAUUAUCCUUCGAUCCACUGCAUAACAUGAGCGAUACUCCCACGGCCGAUGACUGUGAGAAGCGUCCUCAGUUCGGCACACGUUUACUCAAGGACAGCGACGACGUCUUUAAGCACAAUGCUUGGUAAAUAUGCGUGGCAAGGUCUGCGGCGUUUUGCCAGCAAAACUUGGGAGCACACUCGAGAGCGCAAGAAGCCAGCGGGUGCUGGCGGGCGCAUACUAACCGACGUGCGCGAGGUGUUCGAGUUUAAUGCAUGGGACCACGUGCAAUGGGAUGAGGAGCAGGAGCUGGCCGCACAGGCGGCCGUGGCAAAGAACUCGUGCAGCAAACUGAACGACGAUGAGCGGGAGCGCUUUCAGUCGGAUGCACCGAAGUUUUGGGACUCUUUCUAUGGCAUACACGACAAUCGUUUCUUCAAGGACCGUCACUGGCUGUUCACCGAGUUUCCCGAGCUAGCGCCCCUUGAUGUCAGUGAGCAGCAGUCACGGAGCAUCUUUGAGCUGGGCUGUGGCGUCGGUAACACCAUCUUACCCCUGCUCCAGUACAGCGUGGAGCCAAAGCUAAAAGUCUUUGGCUGUGACUUUUCUGCCAGGGCCAUCGAUAUACUUCGCAGCCAGCCGCAGUUCGAUGACAAACGCUGCGAGGUAUUCGUAAUGGAUGCCACGGAGGAGCAGUGGCCGGUUCCCUUCGAGGAGAACUCGCAGGAUAUCAUUGUAAUGAUAUUUGUGCUGUCCGCCUGUCAGCCAAAGAAAAUGCAGCAGAUACUGGACAAUUGCUAUCGCUACCUGCGACCCGGUGGCCUGCUGCUCUUCAGGGACUACGGCCGCUACGACUUGGCCCAGCUGCGCUUCAAGAGCGGAAAAUGCUUGGAGGACAACUUCUAUGUGCGCGGCGAUGGCACCCUGGUGUAUUUCUUUACAGAGGAAGAGCUACGUGGUAUGUUCACCAAGGCGGGGCUCCAGGAGGAACAGGUGAUUGUGGACCGAAGGCUGCAGGUGAAUCGGAGUCGCGGCCUGAAGAUGUAUCGCGUUUGGAUACAGGCAAAGUUCAAAAAACCUCUGGUUCCCAGUUCUUAGCUUUCGUUAAUCGUUGAGCUGUAAUCGAUUUAUUUUUAUUUUUAUCGACUUGACGUAUGAAUGUUAAAAUCGGCAGCUACAUGUCAAGUAGAAUGUCCAGGAUAACUUUUUGGCUCGUGAAUUUUGCAGAAAAGCUUUCGGCUCUGUUAACUUUGCAGAAGCAUACACAUAACAUAACAGUUAGGAAAGGAAAGCUGUGAGUUUUCGCAGUUGGCUAAAAACGUCUUCAGUUUCAGUUUCGCCGAGCCAGAAGAUCCCUCUGAGGCUGUCGUGGCAAGUGUUACCCACACACUCGACAUACACACACACACACACAUCUAGCCAAUCCCCCCGCAACCGCUGAGGCGAGCCGAGAGGAGUGAAAAUUCAUUGACGAUUGGGGGCGACAAAGCUCAGGCGAAAGAGAGAGAGAGAGAGCGUGAGACAGCGAGCGAGCGAGCGAGCGAGUGAGCGAGAGAAAGAGCGCAACCCUCGACAACAAAAACAACGAAGCAGAGUUCUGCUGCACCCAACGCACCACCACCCGCCACCACCGCCGCCAUCAGCACAUCUGCUGCUACUACCGUCACCUCACCCGCGAAACGACCCUCCCCGACCUCGACGCUCGACGCUCCCAAAGUGAAAGACGUUGGCCAAGUGCAUACCUAUUCACACAGGAACCAGAACCAGUCGCAGUCGCAGUUACAGCCACAGACACCGCAAACCGAGUUUUGUUAAUACAUCAGCGGCUGCAACAACACCAAAAAAAA